AUGGCGCAGUUCGAACGAGCGAAAGUGACGAUAGGAGACGAGGAGUUUCAUAUAAGAAGGGUUCCUCGUGCUCCGGAAUCCCUGUAUGUGGCUACGGCUGUAGCACUCAGGCCUUCAGACGAUACAGCCGCAGUUCUGAGAUCAAGGGAGCUCUGGAGAGCAGUUGAUGAAAUCAGAGGAGCUGAGGCAGCUCCUCCCAAUGAUGGGACGCGUAUCAAAGAGCUGGCGGAGCUGUUGAACAGACCCUUUGAAGUACACCAGGCGGACCCGCCUGCUUGUGAGGUGGUUCUACCAAGAGAGUACAUACCCAACAGGAGGAUACCACCGGUGGUCCUAUUGGUUACCGAGCUGGCUGGGGACUGGAAUCAUUACGAUGUUGUGGAGGCGAGGCGGCCAGCAAUGCUGCACAGAAUGCAACCAAGGAGGGUGGGGGUUGUGCCGCUAGGCCCUAACGUUCCUGAGGUACCUGAUCCCAUUAUUAAUUCACAGGAAUCUGGAAUAUCUCAGCGGUCAGCAGCGAGACAGAGAUCCCCCUCGCCGCAGCCGUCGCAGGUGCAGAAUCAGAGGCUGAUUGUUGCCACAUGGAAUGCACAAGGGGUGGCGGCCCUCGGAGUCAAAGACAAUGUAGACGCGGAGCUUUACUCCAGAGGAGUGCAUGUCGCGGUGCUCCAGGAGACAAAAAUUCCUCCACAACAGCUGAUAACUCAGCACUACCGCUGGGUAGUUGAGGGCGCUCCCUUACGGGGGGCCAGGGGUCUGGCUUUAUUGGUCAGACGGGACUUGCCGUACAUACAACUGAUCAGUCAUACGCUAGUCUGCCCAGAUGUGAUGAUCAUGGAAGUUAGUGCGUAUGACAAAAUGUUCUCGGUGAUAGCCACUCAUGUUCCAGGUGACGUCAACCCGAGGCAGCUGGAGGUCAGCGCGGCAGUAGCUGCAGCAGUGGCUGCCAGACCACAUCACCGGUGCAUACUGCUGGGCGACUUUAAUGCACACUUGGGACAAAGAGACCGCAAUGGCCCGACUGACGUGCUUGGAAAAGGCACCCCAUAUGUGCACAGCAACAUGGCGGGAGUCGGAUUGCUGCAAAUUGCCCGCAUACACCACUUGAGGAUCAUCACUACAGCAGGUUUUGCCAGGGGCUGUCAGACAACCUGGAUAGGUGGGGGAUUGAGGGGCGGGCCGAGGGCAGCGCGGUCUCAGCUAGACCACAUCUGCACUAAUUUUAGUAAUGUUAACAGCGUGAAUGCCAACUUCGCAACGCAGGUGAGCGCGGACCACAAGAUUGUGUACGCCACACUGAUGCUUCAUCUUCCUGAGCCGGACCCUCCGGGACGGCAUGUAGAACCAGACCCAGACCCGGCGCAGCAGUUGCCGAGGCAUGCGGCAAGGAAGCCUCGGAUACCAUGGGCUCUUGGGAGACUCAAUGAAGAAGUGGCCCUGCAGGAGCUUUACCAGGGGGCGUUGACGCAUGCACUAGAGCAAUUGGAGAACAGGUUUGGCAAUUUGUCUUGGAAACAGGUGGCCGAGGCAAUGGAGACGGCAGCGAACGCGCAGCUCCGUGUGCAAGAAUCACCCAUGACACCCAGGCGAAGGGAGGCAGCAAAUAGGCGACGUCACGCGUACACCCUCACGAGGAGGGAACCUGGUGAUGAGUUUGCGGAGGAGCUGCUGCGAGAGGCGACGCUGGCAGAAAAGAGAGCAUCAAGGAGACAUGCGGAGGAGAAGAUCGAGCAAUUUUUUAGGGAGGUGGACGGGGUUAGACCGGCGAAUAAACUAAAUGUUGCUUUCAGGUACCUAAAGAAAGAAAAGCGUCAGCAAGCACCGCAGGCGAACAAUAUCACGAUGAGAGAUUGCGAGGAAGUGGUCCAAAGGAUGGCUGAAGGCGAACAUCCUGACAGGCUGCCAGAGGACCCAGGCGGACCUAUCACUACAGCCCCCACGGCGGCACAGUUAAGAGAAUACGCCUCCAAGCUGUCAAAGAGGACUGCAGCUGGCCCUGACGGAUUACCUGGAGAGCUGUUUAUCCACGGCCCUCCAAAGCUCUUCCAGGUCCUGGAGAAGGUGGUAGGCGAGGUGUGGAGGGCAGGGGAAUUCCCCGCUGCGUCGACUCAAUCCAUGCAGCACCCCAUACCCAAAAAAGCACGCCCGGCGGGAGUCGACGAUUACCGCACUCUUUCCCUUUGCAAUACUAUAUAUAAACUUGUAGCUAAACACAUGAUGGUUGAAUUAACAACAGUAUUGCCUCCAAUUCCUUACUACCAGGCAGGGUUUCGUGCUAGCAGAUCGACUUAUGACCACCUAUUCCUGCUAAGGAGGGUGCUGGAUGCACAUUGGCAAGCAGGCAGUGCGGUACAUGUUAUGGCACUUGACAUUAAAGCGGCUUUUCCAUCCGUCAAUAAGAAGCAAAUGGUCAGGAUACUACAAGAGAUGGGAGUUAGCGCCUAUUUAAUCAACAGAAUAAUAGCACUGGCAUUGACUGAUGUUACAUUCAUACGGUAUGGUAAGGCUAUGACUUCCACUGUGCUAAGGGGAAGAGAGGUAAGACAGGGAUGUCCCAUCUCCCCAUACUUAUUCACCUUAGCUUUGCACUGGGCAAUAGCAAGGGCAGUUGCUCGACUGCAUCGCUUUUCGCUAGAUAUCACAAGGCCAGGCCUUUUGCCAGCAGUUUGUGCGUAUGCAGACGACAUACUAGUUGUCAGUGAUAGAUUCAGGGAUCUGGUGGCAUUCCUCACUGCCUUCCGUGCAGAAUUGCCCCCGUUAACGCUCGAGAUUAAAUUUGCAAAGUCUGAGUAUCUUUUCAGGAAACCUGCCUUUGAUGACCCUGAACCAAUACCUCGUCCUAUUGCAAUAGGAGAUGUGAACCUCCAGCAGGUUGAAAAAAUCAUAUAUUUGGGAGCGGCCAUCACCAAUCAAUUGGACAGGAGACCAAUAAUUAAGCACCGAAUACAGAAAACACAGAGAAGUGCCGCAGUCCUGCUUAACUCCUUAAGGAGGCACCCGCUUCCAAUAUCUGUCAUUAAGAGGUUUCACACCAGUAUCAUUUUGCCUGCCACUAAUUAUGAGCUGGCCACUGUGUCAUCAACAAAAGCCACACGCUCUAAGCUAAGGAGGGAAAAUGCUAUCAUAUACAAGUCAUUGUUGGCAACAGCUAGGCCGCCGCAUGUAGUUAUACCUGCUAAUGAUGCCCCUUCAGUUAACAGGUCCAUCAGAGCUGCAAGAAUAAUGUACAGGGGCCAUAUCCUCAGGACCCCACCUGGACACCCCUUGAGACUGGCAUACGACUUGAACUUAGGGUUAAAGCAAGGAAGGCCUUGCUAUGAUUAUGUUAAGUCUCUUGAACAGGAUAUGGACAGGCUGCCUGAACCUCCAGAGGGCUGGGCGGAACUCCUACUGAAUAAAAUAGCCACAAAGAACUUCCUCAAAGAGACGAGGGAUCAGGACUACUCAUCUGAGGAGGAAGUCGAGGAGGAGGAAGACGAGGAGGACAACCCUGGGGAGCCACAGGCAGUGCAUGGCUAUCGGCAGGUUUUGGAGGCAUUUAGUGAGGACGAAGUGAGCGAGGAAGAGGAGGAGCAUUAA